UGACACUUAAAUUGCCGAUGGAAAACGAAAGUAAAAAUCAAUUAUUCACCAAGUUGUGAGUUGCAAAAAAAUACAAGUCGGACUGUAAUACUAAAAUAUCAGCAUGAACUUUUUGAGUAAUUUAAACUUAAAAUUUGUUUAAACAAGUUUACUGUGUAGGCGCCACAGAUUUAUAUGAAAAAGUUGAUUGCAAUAAAAAACAGUGGAUCUUGAGCGUUAUGCGAGUUCCCGACAUCACGUUAACAGCUGGAAAUGCUGCACAAUUUACGCACAACAUUAGCAACUUUAAUAGUCCACUUAGCGAACAACAACAAUUAACAACCGGCUCUGCAGAAGUAGAGUCCAAAUUACACUCAACGCAAUCGGAUCGAAAGGAGUUAAAUAAGAAUGACAACUGGCCAUCAGCUGAAUUAAAUGCCACAGCUGGAUUUUUUGAUAUCCCGCCAAGUGCUCAGUACACUAACUCCUCAAUAUACACCUCUUCGGCUGGUGAGUUCGUUCAACGCGCACUGAGCUCCUCUCUGGCGGUGCCAUAUGAAUAUACGAAUCCUACUUUGCCCGGUAGUAGAUAUGAUGAGUAUUACCAACGAAAUUUACAAACCUUAAAUUAUGCAGAGAAUUUUGGUAGCAAUAGCAAUAGUGCCUAUAAGGGAUUCCAAGAGGUGUAUGUAAAUCGUGCCGCGAUCGCUUUGGAUGACUACGAAAAAAUCAAUCGCACAGCACAAUUUGAAAACAAGCUCGUUUCGAACUCGGCAGAGACAAAGUGCAAUAACUUUGAUAAUCGUAUAGCCCCGAGAGGUGUGAGACAAAGUAUUCGUACGAACGAUCAAAAUAACGGGAUGAAAAAAGAUUUAAGCAGUACCGUUGGCGAACUAAACUCAAAUGAUCCCGAACAAGCCAACAAGCAGGUAAACGUGUCAAGCCUUGAUUAUCCGAGGAAUGCAAAUGUUGCCGAAAACGAAUACAAUGAUCAAUCUAUGUUGGAUUUAUGUAACGAUCGGAGCCAUAAAUCAGCCGUUGAACAACAUAACGAUGAAUUAGAUGAGUACCUAACAUCACCAACUUCAUCCAGCGUCUCUUUGAGCACACCUCAACGCUCCUAUUUCCCUCGUGGCAUUAUAAAUCCCAACUAUCCUGGCUUUCAGCACUUAGCGCACACACUCUCCGAACACUUUAUUGGCUGUACACCAUCCGAUUCGUAUGACAGUGAUAUGUCCGAGUGUGAAAUGGAGUUGAGUGGCGAUAGUUGUGAAGAGCUGCCAAGCGAGGAGCAGCGGGUGGAGAUGAAUAUGAAAAUGAAUAUCUACAAUAACAAUAGUGGUAGUAAUAAUGGUAGUUACCAGAGAUCAACAGUGGAUAGUCAACAACAACAACAACAACAACAACAACAACAACAACUCCACGGGACAGCCUACACGGAUGCUAACAGCAAUAGUUCCACUAUAAAUAGCCUAACCAAUGAAACCAUGCAGCAGCAACAACAACAACAACAGCAGCAACAACAUCAACAGGACCAACAUAGCAAGCUGGGUGCACUGAUUGCAAAUGAAUUGCACGAGAAUUUGCGGCAAUUGCUCACCUUGAAUGUGCCAGACAAUUACACCGAUGCCUAUAUAAUCAACUCGGCAGAUAAUUUUGCAUUUCGUUGUGACCAAAAGUGUCGUUUGGUAGCACAAAUCUAUGAUGAGCGACAGCAACAAGUGUACGGCACCACACCAGACAUCUUACUGAAGAACUCUGAUUUGCGUGUGGAGCAAGUUUCGAAAAAGGAGAAUAGACCCGAUUUGUUGCGUGGCGUUAGUCCACAGCCACUCAGAAAACGCACCGAAGUGUCAUGUGAAGAAAAUAACGAAAUUAUUGAAGAGUCGGUUAAUAAGCGCGAUAAAGUUGCUGACCAAAAAGGGAUGGUAUCGAAUGAGAAUGGUAGCUAUAAUGCCACACCGCUGCGCUCAAGUGAUAUCGGCAGAGAGGAUGGUGUGGGCUUCGGCAUGACACCGGUAGAUAUUAUUGGGGAUUUUGAGCAGGAAGUGGAGAGAGAGUUCGGUCUACUUGUGAGCGGUUACAGGCGAUUGGUCGAAACAAGUGAUGAGGUAAACGAAGAUGAAAAAUUGGUUGGCGAAGCACAACCAAUUGAAAAGGUAUCGGAUGCUAUGCUAUCGAGCGCACAAGAUCGUAUUGAUUCGGACAAAUAUGUAACUGCUUUACAGCAAAAUAAGGAAGAUAUUUCGACCAAAACUCAGAUGCAAUUUGAUGAACGAAUACCAUCACCAUCGAUGGACUUUAUGGAGGACAAUAAUGCCGUCGACUGGUCAUAUGGACAUUGUGGCGAUUCGGAAGAGAUGAAUCUCUGUAACGCCAAAGAGAGCGAACACGAUAACAAAUUGGAUGAUGUUACCGAUGUCAGCACCGUUAGCAAUACAGAGAGCGCACAAAUGCGAAAACCCAAAUACCAAAAGGCAUCGUAUGAUGAGCGACAACUACCACCGGUAGCCAUUGAAUACAAACGUUGCACACAGCAAAGUGCGCGUAAUUCAAGAAAAUCGUCAGGGCAGAGCUAUGAUAAAUCUGAGAAGCCUACUAAGGCAGCAGGUGGCAGCAAGAUUGGACGUAAUCAUAUAAAAACGGGUUUCACCAAUCGUUUGUUCAGUUCGAAGCGUAGCAAUAUGGGCGGUGGCUCGAGGUGCGGCGAUAAAGUGGCUGACACCAAUGCCAACCGACGUCGGGAGGAAGCUGAAAUGCAUCAGUACCAACAGCUGAUCAACAACAAGGAGCUGAUUUUGAGUAAUAGUCGUUAUACGAAAAUGUCAGCGUGGGCGCAGUAUUUAAAGAAUUCGGUGAAAACCCAAGGAGGCAAAUACUCGAGCACCGAUUUGGCAUCACCAAGUGCUUUGGAUUUGUUUGAUGCUUAUAAAAUUGGUGGAGAUUUUGAUUUGGAAACCUUGCAGCAACACUUAAAAAUGGCAAAGGAAAUUGAGAAAAAGCGUCGCAAUGAUCGCGAAGAGAUACGACGACGGUUAGCCAUGGGCUCGGAGGAAACUAGUCAUGAUACAAAAGACCGAAAUGCCUGGAAGUCGGGUAUACAGUCAAGACUAGCAAGUGCGCAGCUGGGUCGACUAAAUGAUCCCUCGUCAGAUACGGAAAGUCAUAGUUCGGACUCAGAGACGUGCCCGAAACUAUCCAAAACCAAGCAUGUCGAUAAUGUGAGUGCCCUUAGCAUUUCUUUGGCCGAUAAACCCACCUAUCCAUAUGUUGGUGGCUCACGAGCCUCGAUUUCAUCAUAUAACUCCGUUGCAGCGGUUAAUAAAUAUCCACAGGACAAGCAGCAGAAUUUCCAAAAGACCUUGUCUGCAUUUAGCAGUGAAGAUAUGGAAUGUGAUUUCUUUACCAAACAAGCUAAGCUACAGAUUGAAGCGCGCAUGGCGUUGGCACAAGCCAAGGAGAUGGCACACAUGCAGAUGGAGAUUGAACGCCAGAAUCGUCGGGUAUCACCAAUUACCGAUAUCAUUCGUGUGUCGUUGCGUAAGGUGGGCGUACAAAUGACUGGCGAUAAACGGCGGGUGUCACGUCAAAUGCUUACCGAUAUGAAUAUAGCUCAGCUGCAAGUGCUCGUCAACAGUUUGCAUACCCACAUCGAGGAGUUAAAUGAGUCACUAGUGCAUAACUUAAUGGAAAGAGAUGAUCUCCACGUGUCACAAGAUUCCAUGUUGGUGGAUAUUGAAGAGCUAACAAGAUAUAUUGGAGCCAACGAACAUCUGGCACAACGGUAUAAGAAUAGAAACUCCGAUCCGUACAAUCACAACUAAAGCCAUAUAUUGAGGAAUUCAUAACUGUAUACUAUUCGAGUGAAAGCUGCGAAGAAACUUAAAUGAAAAUACACGGAAUGCAAAAUAGUAAAAGAUUACUAAAUUAAAGUUAUAUUUAAUAUAUACCUAUUAUAGUUACAUACACUCAUACCAACAUAUAAAAGAUGAAUAAAUAAAUAAAAAAAAUACUCACAAAA